AUGUGGAGUGAGAAACUGGGCUCCAUAGGCGUUACGCCUGAAGAAUUUUCCAAAUUGAGCCAGCAUCUACUGGAAGAAAAGCUUGAUAAGUCUUUUCCUCGAUAUAUCGAUGAUCACAACCUUCUUGACAUCUACACAAGGUGGCUUUCGCUUCAAGUACCUCGCCUUGAGUAUAGAUCAUCCAUCGACACUACCAAAACGGUGCGUAACUGUUGCGAGUUCUUGGGCUCCAGAAACUACGAAAAGGGAGUUGUAAUCGACGCCUUCUGGAGACACAAAGACGUCUACCUCAAAGAACGCCCAAACGGUAAACGUGAAUACAAUUUGGCGAAGCGGGACAUAGAGAUCAACUACAAGAAGAUCCCUAAUCUGCCCCCGACGACAAGUUCACGUGCGCCGGUGACCAGAUCGGGAAUCCUUUUGACAGAGGCCGACAAAGGUAUCAAUUCAAAAGUAUGCUCUUGUUCCCUUAUCUGUCUCGAACUGAGAGGCCAUCACACUAAGAUUGAAGGAUCUAAGCAGGUUAAUCCACCAUUAACACCCGAACGCGUCUACCAGACUAAGACUCAGAACACACCAACCGACAACAAUUUCAAGCCGCCCAUGCCUUCAAAAGAAGCGCCUCCUUCCACUUAUCUAUGCAAGCGUUGCAAAGUACCAGGCCAUUUCAUCCAGAAUUGCAAAACGAACGGCAACCCCUCUUUCGACGGCCCGCCUCCGAAGGGCUAUGUUUGCCGUAUUUGUCAUGAGGUUGAGACUCAUUUCAUCACUGCCUGCCCAAGGUUGCCACCAUCCAGCCUUGCUAGUUCUACUGAGAGACAAACUCAUCUUCAGUCAACAUCUUCGAAGGGCGUGCCUAGAAAUCUAUCAUCAGUUGAACAUCUGCUUCGAUCAUAUGCGACUGAAAACUCGGGACCGCAAGACGAUACAGAGGGCAUUUUGACUGGCUACUUGAGAGGCUGCUCUCCUGAGCUAAGAACCUUGGCUGCUUUCGGGGCAGAUGACACCUCAAAGGAAAGAAAUAAAACCAAUUCUGCCACAGUGAAGCCUUCGAGCACUCAAAAUUACCUAAAUGAGGAGCGAGCCCGGUACAUUCAACAUCAUACGGAUAGAUACAGCCCAGUUUCUCCUAGCCCAAUUCACAAAGUAGGGGGAGGUCCUAUGCGGUCUGGUAGCAAUAACGAUCCAAUCGGAGGCCGCCGCCGGUUUGAUUCAUAUCGCCCUGAGACCCGGAUCAAAAAAGAAUCAACCAAGCAGGACAAAGUGACUAACAGAAAGAAGAGAAUUAACGUGACAAAACCAGUGCUAUCUAGUAAGCCCACCAAGAAAGAUACAGAUGGCAGGCUCUCACCUUGGGAUGAUAUACAACCCCCAUUGAAAAAGCGACGGCGAGAAUCUUCUGCUGCUGAUCGAGGUCUACCUUGGGACGACAUUGAAGUACCACCCGAGAUACGCCCCCGAAAUUAUGUCGACGUUUCAGCUCCCAACAAUCUCUCUUCGUUUUACGACAAUUCCAUCCAAAGCGCUACGAUGAAGCUGGCUGGUGAAAAGAAGAUGGAGGAAAAGGCCAUCACACUCGAGUAUCCAGAGGAAAUCGAAAAGUCAUUUUUUGAAGCGGACUCGUUCCUCGAAAGAUUUGGAAGGGAGCUGGCCUACUACCCAGACAGUCAAAUACUGAACGCCCCAGAAGAUUCUAAAGCAAACAAAAGGAACAACGGCAAUGCCUUCUCUCCAUCGCUCUCUUCAGGCAACUGCAGUGAACUUUUAUCCUCUCCCGCAGCGCGUCCAUCGGACGGAAGUGGAGACGGUGAUUGCAUGGAGGGAGCUCCUCCGAGUACAUUUGAGUACCCUCGCGACAUAUGUGAGAUUGGCCGUGAUCAAGCCUGCUACAGCCAAUUCAUCAAACCAUAUCAUACCCUAAAACCUUUAUGGAGAGAUCCUCCGUAUGAUCGCUGGGUUUUGGAUCUUUUUCGCGGCCGCGAACAUACAAACGUGUACGUCAACAUUAUUCACCGCAGUACAGCCAUUGGCAUGUAUAAAGAUGACGAGGAGACAAGCAAAGCCGGCCAAAUGUCGAACCUAGCAGUGUAA